AUGACAACCUCGCGUUAUUUGUCAGCAUUAACUAAUGGUAGUCCACAGUAUUGUCGAGGAAGCAAUUGUUCCAGCCCAGACUACUAUUAUCAAGCUUUUCGUUUGCUUGUUUCUACAGCUGGAUCAUAUUCUUUUCAAUCGAUUAGUACUUUCAAUACAUAUGGUUAUAUCUACAAUAACAGUUUUAAUGCUUCUGAUCCGUCUGCAAAUAUAGUAGUAUACAAUGAUGAUGAUGCCGGCAGCAGUCAAUUCCUUUUAAACAUAUCUGUUGAUACUCUAACAAAGUAUAUUUUGGUUGUAACAACUUACUCCCGCAAUGUAACAGGACCAUUUUCAAUUAUUGCAACUGCGAUUCCUAAUAUUCCAGCUAAUGCUGGAUGGGCAGCAAAUGGGGAGACUAUCGCUGGAGGCCACGGACCAGGAAAUGGCUCGCAUCAACUCGACUCUCCUGACGGUCUCUUCGUUGACGAUGAUCAAAUGAUAGUCAUUACUGACGUUGGUAAUCAUCGUAUCGUGCAAUGGAAUAUGGGUGAUACGAACGGACAAAUAGUCGCUGGUGGUCAUGGACCAGGAAAUCGAAUGUAUCAAUUGAAUGAACCAACAGAUGUAUUGAUCGACAAAGAGACGGAUAGUUUUAUUAUUUGUGAUUCGCUGAAUGAACGAGUCGUACGAUGGUCUCGUGGUAAAGGCACAAGCCAAGGAGAAAUCCUCAUCGACAAUAUCCGUUGUUGGGGAUUAGCCAUGGAUGACCAGAGAUAUCUCUACGUCUCUGACACCACAAAUAAUGCAGUAAAACGGUAUCAAAUAGGAGACAAAAAUGGAAUUCUCAUAGCUGGUGGCAAUGGAAAAGGUGAUGGUUUCACUCAAUUCAGCAAUCCAAAAUACCUGUUUGUCGAUCGACAACAGGCUAUCUACGUUUCAGACAGCUACAAUAAUCGUGUAGUGAAAUGGAAUAAAGGUACAACAGAAGGAUUUGUCGUUGCUGGAGAUAAAGGCCGAGGAGAUGCAUCCACACAAUUGUAUUAUCCAUACGGACUGUUCGUCGAUACAUCAGGUGCCAUCUAUGUCGGAGACUCAGGAAAUGAUCGAGUGAUGUGUUGGUCCCAAGAUGCGAAACAAGGCACUAUCAUUGUGGGUGGCAAUGGUCGAGGAGCAGGAGCAAACCAGUUCUAUGGUCUCGGAGCCUUGUCCUACGAUCGGCAAGGCAAUCUGUAUGCUGUCGAUUGGAAGAAUCAUCGUGUUCAACGCUUCAAAAUAAAAUGA